CAUUCCCCCCCGUGCCAGGUUUGCGAAGGGGUGUCUUCAGGAAUACAUUUUGGUUGUUAUACAUGCGAGGCGUGUAAGAACUUUUUCCGAAGAUGUUUGAAAAGAAAACGCGAGGAAAACAUAGGAUUGAAAAAGUCGAGGGAUAUUUUCACGUGUCCUGCAAACAAAAAAUGCGACACAACGCAUGGAACUGCCAAAAAUAAUUGCUCUGCUUGCCGCUUCGACAAAUGCCUAAACUUAGGUAUGGCGACUGAAAAAGUUAAAAAGGGACGAAUAUCUUAUGCCCAAAGAACUGAGACAAUUAAACAGGUGCGAAUGCUUGAGGGAAAAGAGGUGAUUGUCUCGCCGAAUGAAGCUUCCACUAGGGCUACAGCUGGUACUGAUAAGAAUUCUACAGUUUCUACCGCUUUAGAUAUGUGUGAGGCAAUGCUUUCGAGAAAUAUAAGCAAAUUACAAGACCAGUGUGAAAAUGUACGUGUGUCAGCAGACCUUGUGGAAAGCCUGGUUCAGAAUAUGGAUAAAAUGAAAAUUAUGGGAGAGGAAAUGUCGAUAGCAGAAGUACGGGAGGCGAGAAUUAAAGAACAUUACGAAAACUACAUGACAAAAGUAGCUAUGUUUGGAUCUAUGAGUGGUGUGUCAAAAGACGAAUAUCACAACCUUCUGAAAAACUACGAUAUUGACCUAGAUGAUCAAUGGAAGGUGUUCAAGGAUUUCGCUCUUAAUUUGGAGUCAGUUAUUGGCCGUUAUUGCAGAUUCGCCAAACAACUUCCAAAUUUCGCUAAACUGUCUUUAAAUGAUCAAGUAUCUCUUCUGAAGCACACGCAUUGUGACUUUUUCAUAUUGAUGCUACACAAGGGCUACAAGCCGGAAUACAACAUCUUCCUGGAACUAAAUGGGCUGAUUUACCACGUGGAGGAGGCAUCGGACCGACUCCUGUCCAGAAACUCCGUGUCUCUUAUGGUGCAGAUGUUUGACCGGCUUCAAAAACUCAACCUUACGGACGGAGAAACGGCCUUAGUUGGAGCUAUCAUAACAAUGUCGUCGGACCAGUGUGAGCUGGAAAAUUCAACGUUAGUAGAAAGCACUCAGUUGGACUUGUGUAAUUUAUUAAGGCAAAACAUGAAAGAUUUGUAUGGUGAACGAAAUGGUUCAAUCCGUUUCGCGAAAAUUGUUGACCGCUUGACGACUUUGCGCGAGGUGUCAGUGCAGUAUUACAAAGACUACAGGAGUAUUUGUGAGGACAAACUAGUUCAAAAAGAAACCCCAUUGUUUGAUAUUCUACUUCCUGACAACGACGUUUAAUUGUUUCGUUUAUUUUAUUCACCUUCAAAUGUACUCGUUUAUGAAUGUGAAGAUAUCAAGGUCUUUUUUCUGUGUUUAUAAAUAAGGAUAGGCUCACUUAAUAUUACCAGUUCUUAGAAGUGACUUAAAUGCGUCUGUAUUGAGAUUAUUUGUCUUUGAAUAGCAGAACAGU